AUGAAGUUUGUCUCCGUCAAGUCUGUUGCUCUAGCACAGUCGCUCUUCGCGCUUGCUGCAAUUGCGACACCGAACCCUCUUCCAGGAAGUUCUGGCAUCAUCGUUCGCGACCCUGCUAUCUGGUUCAACACGCACGACUGGAAGUACUACGUCUUCGCCACUGGCAACAACCUCACAACUUACACCUCACGCAAGUUGACCGGGCCAUGGACCAACGAGGGUGCUGUCUUCCCUAAUUGCUCCAUCGUCAACCUCAAUCCGGACGCUUGUACGCUAUGGGCACCCGAUGUAAACUAUAUUGAUGGUCGCUAUGUCCUCUACUACGCAAGCUCUGCUAUCGGUAGCUAG